UCCUUUACCUUUUAAAAGUUUCAAAUUGGUCCCAUACGUUUCCAAAAAGUAUUCACGUUGGUCUUAUCCGUUAAAAUGCUUCAAACGGUGUUAAUAUUUGAUGACAUGGCACAUGAGAUGGAUCAAUCACUGUUCAUUAUCUCUAUUAUAACUUGGGUUCGUAUUGCAAUUUUAGAAGAAUCCCAAAUCCUCAAACCUAAAAUCCUGUAACUCAAUCUUGUUACAAAUUGACAUCAAAAUUGCACAACAAAGCAUGAGUUUUGGGCGCAUUUCAUCCUCAACAUCCAGAAAUGUGAUUGAUUCGCAAGUUUACACAGGAUUUGCGAAACUUCUAUGCGCGUGUGGAGACGAAGCAAUACUGCGUAGGGCGAAAACCGUUAACAACUAUGGAAAGCUAUUCUGGGGAUGCAAGCAUUUUAAGGGGCAUUCCAAUUCUGGGUGUGGUUAUUUCGAAUGGUUCCAUGAAGAAUGUAGAGAUGAGAAGGAAGAAACCUUGAUGAAGCAUGAAUGGAAGAUACAAGUGCUGAGCCAAGAGAUGGAAGCUGUCAGGAAAGAGACCGAAAGUUUGAAGUUGAAAACAUUGGAAUUGGGGGAGCUAAUUGAGAAGACAAAGAAAUGGAAGAGCAUUUGGAAUUGUUUUGUCUGUGUCCUGUUUUUAGCUCUUGUAAUUAAGAUGGUCUAGAUAUGUCUGUGUCCUGUUUUUAGCUCUUGU